ACCAGCAGCAGACGACAUCUUCACUCAGCUCUCCCUGAAGCUGUACAGCCCCGCUGAAAGGAUGAAGGUCUCCGAGGCUGCCCUGUCUCUCCUCCUCCUCAUCCUUAUCAUUACUUCUGCUUCUUGCAGCCAGCCAAAAGUUCCUGAGUGGGUGAACACCCCAUCCACCUGCUGCCUGAAGUUUUAUGAGAAAGUGUUGCCAAGGAGACUGGUGGUGGGAUACAGAAAGGCCCUCAACUGUAACCUGCCAGCAAUCAUCUUCAUCACCAAAAGGAACCGAGAAGUCUGCACCAACCCCAGUGACGACUGGGUCCAAGAGUACAUCAAGAAUCCCAACCUACCUUUGCUGCCCUCCAGGAACUUGGCCACGGUUAAAAUUAUUACAGCAAAGAAUGACUAAGCCCAGCUCCUCAACUCCCAGUGAUGACCAGGCUUUAGUGGAAGCCCUUGUUUACGGAAGAGAGGGGUAAACCUACGAAAACAGGAGAAGCCUUAUUAGGCUGAAACUAGCCAGUCACAUUGAGAGAAACAGAACAAUGAUCAAAAUAAAGGAGUAUUUCGAA